AUAUUUGCAGUGACGACUCGCUCGCUGUGCUCCCAACAAAAUGCUCGCUCGGAGAUGAGAUCACUAUAUUUGUUUCGUAUAAACAAUGCUGAGUGGGGACGACGCGUUGUAGAUGGAAACGAAUCGUAGUGGGAAACGACAUGUAGUAGGGAAGCAUGGACCACAUGGACAGCGUUGCUAUUCCUCUGUUAUCAUUUCAGAUUUACACAAUAUGUAUAUCGCGAAUCUGCGAAGACUCUGGAUCGCAGUUUCAGUUCCGAUCCCGUGCAACGAGUGAGCGAUCACUGCUUAUUUAUCGCAAAAGCAAUUUUAGCGGUGUCAUCUGUUUCGCUAAACAUUCUCAGUUAGUUUGUACAUCCGUUUGACAUGUUACUGUCUAAAGAAAUGGUGCAUCUGUAAAUUACCGAGCAAUUAAUAAUGGUGACAGUGAGACACCAGAAUCCUCCAGUCUGUCAUCCUGUUUCGUCGAUUUGAAUUUAUGUUUGCGGCGAAAUGAAGAGAAAAUCUGAUAAUUCGAACAGACUGUAUAACAGUACGUCUUGAAUUGCCGAAUUCGUUGUGAGGAACGCUUGGAGAACUGGAACAAGAUAUACAACUAGUAAAAAAUAAAAGUGAAAGAUACAGGCAAUUUGGGGCAGAAUUAAAGAGAUCGUGAUCGACGAGAAAUUCCGCUGAAAUUAAUCAUGGACUGCAAACGAUUUAUCACGAAGAUUUCGAGCAGACGGCAGCCUAGCAUACUUCGGCAAUGGGCGCAAAAGUUUAUCGCAACUCCGAACGGAAUUACUUUGGCGAACGGAAUGCCGAACACGGAAACGUUUCCUUUCGAAGAAAUCUCUGUUAAGUACAAAGAUGGCAGCCGAGUAAUGCUGGUGGGAGAGGAAUUAGGGUGGGCGCUUCAGUACGGCCCAUCUCAGGGAUACCCGCCACUGAUACAGAAACUAAAAGAAUUUCAAAACUAUUGGUCCAAGCCGAAGUAUGAUAACUGGGACAUAGUGAUUACGAACGGCUCGAUGGAUGCGUGUAACAAGGUUUUCGAAAUGACGCUAGAACUUGGGGAUCCCAUGAUGCUUCAAGCACCUGCUUACAAUGGAACCUUGAAUGCGCUGAUACCGUUGUUACCAGAAUUCCUUGAAAUCAGGCAAGACAAGCAUGGAAUAAUUCCUGAUGAAAUUUCGAGGAUUUGCGAGAAGAGAUUGCAAGAUAACAAAAAAAUGCCAAAGAUUCUCUAUGUCAAUCCGACGGGAUCGAAUCCUACAGGAAUAGUCAUGCCAGAAUCUCGUAAAAGGGAAGUGUACGCGCUGGCACAGAAAUACGACUUCCUCAUUAUCGAGGAUGAUCCUUAUGAAUUUCUUCACUUCCUGGAUAAACAACCCACGACGUUCUUAGAAUUAGACACGGAAGGACGUGUGCUACGUUUGGAUUCCUUCAGCAAGAUCCUCAGCUCUGGUCUCCGACUUGGCGUUGUCACAGCUCAUAAAACAUUUAUCGAACGAUUGAUCAUGCACAUGGACGUUACGGGUAUUCAUGCUGCCUCUUUGUCACAGAUGCUGUUGUACAAAUUGUUAAGCGCGUGGGACAUGGAGAAGCUGCAACAGCACUUCAAUGGUAUUCAAAAAUUCUAUCGCGAAAGACGAGAUACCAUGUUGGCUUCGCUCGAGAAACAUUUUACGGGCUUGGCGGAGUGGAACGUGCCCGAAGGUGGAAUGUUCGUUUGGAUAAAAUUACCUGGCAUCGAAGAUGUAUCCGAGUUGGCUUUGAGGAAGUCUAUUUCUCAGGGGAUAUUCAUUAUUCCCGGUCAUGCCUUCAACUGCGAUUCCUUGAGGCCCGAUCAACAUAUUAGAUUAUCUUACAGCUACGCGACUCCGGAAGAAAUCGAGAAGGCGAUACCCAUUUUGGCGAAACUAAUACGCGAGGAGAUGAACAUGAAAAACGGGGCAUCGAAGUGACCAACAAAUUCCAAGCCUGUGCAAUUUUAAAUGUGUAAUUGCAAAAACCACAGAAUCGUAAUAAAGAAAUUCUUUGCAAUUAGUGACACGACUUUAACAUUGUAAUGGAACUUAUAUGUAUAUAUAAGUAUUAUUAUUAUUACAUAUAUACAUUAUAAUCAAACUGAAUUCUUCGUUAUCCUCCAUAGAAACAGAGAAAUUUAAGUGUUAUGUUUUUUGUGGUUUCCUUAUAUAUAUAUAUCCUAUAAAUACUGAAUAUUGGAAGAAAUCAUUCGUGACGUCUUUUCCAUAAGAAACAAUAUAAAUUUCGGUACGAAUUUUCUUCGAAGGUCCGUAUAGUGCUUAUAACGGCAAAACGCUCAAACUGUUAGCCAAAAUCGACUGUUGGUAAUUUGGCUACCUAUUUUAGCAAUGUUGUUAACCUCGGAUAUUUUACCAUGCGAUUUGUUAUUGAAAAUAAUUAAUAAAAUAAUGAGUAUUUUAAUAA